UCAAUUUAGCCCAAACAAUACUACACUAUAAUUGUAUAUAUAUAUGUGAAGGUGAUUGGAUUUACAGGCUAAGUUGGGUUUGAAUUGGAGAGUUCAACAUGGGUUUUUCAUGGUGCUCUGCAAUUGCUGUACUGGGCUUGUUGCUGAAUGCUGUAGUUUUCUGCAAAGGAGGAACCACAAGUGCUUUUGUGAGACCAGUUGAGAAAUCUGUUGAUAUGCCUCUUGACAGUGAUGCCUUCCUUCCGCCCCGAGGAUAUAAUGCGCCUCAGCAGGUUCAUAUCACACAAGGAGAUCAUGUGGGCAAAGCUGUGAUAGUGUCAUGGAUCACCAUGCAGGAAGCUGGUUCAAGGAUAGUCCUUUAUUGGAGUGAGAAUAGCAAAAAGGAGAACAAGGCCAAGGGCAUUGUAGGUAGAUGUAAAUUCUACAACUAUACUUCUAGUCACAUCCAUCACUGCACCAUCAAGAACUUGCAGACUCUUACUUAUUACGAAUCAAACCCAACAAAAGGGAAAACAGUGUUGUUUGUUAGGGACCUCAGUUAUGCUGAUUAUUAUCCAAAUCAUGGUAAUGAAAGGUGGGAUACACGAGGAAGGUUUGUUGGAACAAUCUUCUGU